CGUUCCUCUGGCUUCGUUUUCUUUAUUCUAUUUUAUUUUAUUUUUCAUUUAUUUUUUUAUGGCCUGAUUCUGAAAAAUCGUCUCGAUUUUGCUUACAUUUGCUCAUUUCCUUUUCAUUUUAACUACUACACGUUUUUCUUCUUUCUCUGAUAUUGUUUAUUCAUCUUUCCAGAAAUUGCUUGUUGGAAUCGUUUCAUAUUUAAUUUCUUUUUCUUGUUUCUCAAAUUUCUUUACUUUGAUUUUUGUUCUUGUUUCUCAGUUUUAUUUUUGUUCCUGAAAUUGGUUUUGAAAAUUUUGGAGUUUCUUUCCGUUUGAUUUUAUUAUUAUUUUAGUUCAUGACUUCAUGUUUUAUAAUCUGCAAGAUAUACUAUAUUGCAAAUUCUAAGUUAACAAUCUAGAAUGGAAAUUUUUAUAUAAUGAUUGGUGAUGCAUUCGGGUGUGAGGAAAUUUUCAGGGAAUUGUUAAUGACGAAUUCUUUCAAUUGCUAGCCAUGAAGGAUGCCAUUAGACAAGAUUAUGUUGUGCGCGCAAUUACUAGUUACUGCAUAUAUGCCCAAAAUUUAUUCUCUUAUUUGACUUAUCACAUCAGCCAACCUGAGGUUGAUUAUCAUCAGGUUGACGCCUCUGCUUGUGAUUUCUUUCUAAGAACCAGCAGCAUUGGUGCAGAGCACGUUAAGCUUUCAUGUGCAGAACUUAUUCAGGCUUGUCAGGAGAAUGACAAAGAAUAUUGCUCCUGUGCAUUGUACUGGACUAAGAAUGAAUAUUCCAAGCUGAGAAGAAAAUUUGAGACCCUUUUGCAGAUGGAAAGAAAGAUUAUUGACCUUGAAAAUGGUCAUUGAAAGGAAGCUGGAAGCAGUGAUUUUCUUUUCAGAUUAACACACUCAGCUGAAGUUGAUCUGAUUAUAUAUCUCAUACAAUUUACAGAUGUCCAUUUCUAGCUUAGCUGCUGUAGUGUCAGGUAAUUUGAAAUCAACUCAUUCGUUUCUCAAUCUUUGGAGAUGUAAUGUCAUUUUAAUGGUGUUCAAACUAUAAGGUGUCAUGCUGAACUUGUGGUGCCUCGGCCACGUAGUUUGUCUUCAACAUAUGUUGCCUACGAAAGUUGCACUGAAGUGGAUGCAUCACAUGCAAAGUCAUUUCUCCUCAAAGUAGCUUUAAGCUUGCUCCUAAUCUAGUAGUUCAGAUUUCUCUUUUCCAUUUUUUUUUUAAUUUCAGAAAUGGCUUUGUCAAUUGUAAAAGAACUUCUUCAACACUAUGUUGAUUCAUUGGUUGAUGAGGGUGUCUUAAAUGAACAGUUUUCUCACAUUCAGACUUUAAGAACUGAGGAACCUGAUUUUAUCGAGGGGCUGAUUAAUACCUACUGUAUGAGUGUGGAAGCAAUCUUAUCAGAACUUACAAGCUGCAUCAAUGUUUCUCAUGUUGAUUACUCUCGGUUGGCUGUACUGGCCCGGCAAGUAGAGAAUAGAAGCCAAGGUAUUGGUGCUGAGCAUGUGAGACUUGCAUGUGCUGAUCUUAUUCGGGCUUGUGAUCAAAAGCACACAAAAAAUUUCUCUCAAGCCUUGAAUUGGAUAAACUAUGAAUUUGCUGUUACUCGGAACAAAUUGCAGGCUAUUGCUCAGAUGCAGCGCAGGAUAGUGAGACUAGUGAACAAACAGCAGCAACAAUAAAAGUUUGGCUGCUUUGCUAUCAACUUUUGCUUGCAUUUCUGUGAAGAAUCCCUCAGGAGUCUCGCAAUCUCCUGGUGUGGAAGCUGUGAAUUGAAUGCAUAAAGGGUUUCUAUCUUAGACUUGUACUGCUUGGUGCACCUUGAUGUCCUGUUUGCAAUUGAAACAUCGUAUAUGUAUGGGAGUAAAUUAAGUAAAUCUCUAAUGCUUUUGCAGCUACAUAAUUUUAUAUAGAAAAUGGAGAAAUUAGAUGACUA